ACGACAGCUCCGGCAACUGCAGGCCGAACUCGAACUGAAACACACCCCCUCCCUUACUUACACCCACUUAACCCCACCCCCCAUUCGCGUUGGCGGUAGCCGCCAGCCGCUGCUGCUGCUGCUGCGAUUGCAAAUCAGAAUCGGAAUCCGAAAACGAAACCGAAACCGAAUCCGAAUCAGGAUGCUGCAGUCAGUGCUCCGGGGUAACUGACUGGCAAUGGAAUUCGACGGAGCGGCACUUGGACUGGGAUUAACUGGAACUAAGGGAGCCAUAGGCAUCGAUAGCCAGCCAUGAUUGUGAUGAGCAUCUGGUGCAGCAGCCUCAGCCUGAGCAGCCGCAGCCUGGCCAUCGCCCUGGUGGUCUGCGUGACUCUGGUCUACUUCUCCUACAGCUUCAACGCCUGCCUCCUGGCCAGCAUCAGUCGCAGUCUGCAGCAGAGCAACUUACGCAACCUGCUGGCGCUCACCUCAUCGCCCCGCAACGAGAGCAGCGACGCGGGAAACAGUAGCAACAGUAGCAGUGGCAACAGCAACAGCAACAGCUCCUCCUCCUCCAACAGCAGCACCACCAGCAGCAGUGCUCCUCCGUCGCAGACGGUGACCAGCAGCCUGGAUGGGGCGCCCAAGUAUCAGCUGCUCCGGCAGCAGGGCCUCCGACCGUCGCGCCACCUGCCCGACACCCUCAUCAUUGGCGUGAAGAAGAGCGGGACGCGGGCGCUGCUCGAGUUCAUCCGGCUGCAUCCGGACGUGAGGGCCGCCGGCUCCGAGGUGCACUUCUUCGACAGGCACUACCAGCGCGGACUGCGUUGGUAUCGCCACCACAUGCCCUACACAAUCGAGGGCCAGAUCACCAUGGAGAAGUCGCCCAGCUACUUUGUCACCAAGGAGGUGCCGCAGCGCGUCUACCACAUGAAUCCGGCCACCAAAUUGCUGAUUGUGGUGCGGGAUCCGGUGACGCGGGCCAUCUCCGACUACACCCAGGCGGCGAGCAAGAAGGCGGACAUGAAGCGCUUCGAGCAGCUGGCCUUCGUCAAUGGCAGCUACUCGGUGGUGGACACCAACUGGGGCCCGGUGAAGAUCGGUGUCUACGCCCGCUUUCUGGAGCGAUGGCUUCUCUACUUUCCGCUGUCGCAGCUUCUCUUCAUCAGCGGCGAGCGGCUGAUCAUGGAUCCGGCCUACGAGAUCGGACGCGUCCAGGACUUCCUGGGACUGAAGCGCGUCGUAACCGAGAAGCACUUCUACUUCAAUGCCACCAAGGGCUUCCCGUGCCUCUUCAAGUCGGAGGCCCGCUCCACGCCGCACUGUCUGGGCAAGACCAAGGGUCGCAAUCAUCCGCACAUCGAUCCCGGAGCCAUCGAACGGCUGCGGGAGUUCUACCGGCCCUUCAACAACAAGUUCUACCAGCUGACGGGCAUCAACUUCGCCUGGCCAUAGGAUCU